AUGGCAGACACGAUGGCGAUGCAGUCGGCAGUCCGCCUACCAACUCCGCCGCCUGGAGUUUCGUACUCACCGCGCGCAUCCGUCCCUCGCAAGCGGUCACCAACCUCGCGUUCUCCAUCUCCAGACCGUCGUCGCCCUGCACCAGCCCAAGCAGACGCAGGAAAUGGCCAGCGUGAGCCAGAUGCGAGGGAACAAGAGUUGGCAGAGCGGUUUCGCCGGCCCCAGCGGCCAGCUGCCUCUAAACCACUGACGGAGGAGGAGAAACAAGCCGCUGCAAAAGCCGAAUAUGAAAAGCUCCUCACCAUGCGCUCUGGGGGUACAUAUAUACCUCCUGCGAAGCUGCGGGCACUGCAAGCUCAGAUAACGGAUAAGUCGAGCAAGGAAUACCAGCGGAUGGCAUGGGAGGCCCUGAAGAAGUCGAUUAACGGGUUGAUCAACAAAGUCAACGUUUCGAAUAUCAAGCAUAUUGUACCUGAGAUGUUUGGAGAGAAUCUAGUUCGUGGUCGAGGCCUGUUCUGCCGCAGUAUCAUGAAAGCCCAGGCUGCCAGUUUGCCGUUUACGCCGAUAUAUGCUGCCAUGGCUGCCAUCGUGAAUACGAAACUUCCCCAGGUUGGAGAACUAUUGUUGCAUCGAUUGAUUGUGCAGUUCCGCAAGGCGUUUAAACGCAACGACAAGGCUGUUUGCAUUUCCUCGACAACAUUUAUUGCGCACUUGUGUAAUCAGCAGGUAGUGCACGAGAUGGUUGCUGCUCAGAUAUUACUCCUGCUUCUCCACAAACCCACUGACGACAGUGUCGAGAUCGCUGUUGGACUUACACGGGAGGUUGGGCAACAUUUGGAGGAAAUGAGUGGCCCGAUUGCAUUGGCAGUAUUCGACCAGUUCAGGAACAUUCUACACGAAGCAGACAUCGACAAACGAGUGCAAUAUAUGAUCGAGGUCUUGUUUCAGGUUAGGAAGGACAAGUUCAAGGACAACCCCGCUAUCAAGGAAGAACUUGAUCUUGUUGAAGAAGAGGAUCAAAUUACACAUCGUGUUGGCCUGGAUGACGAGAUCAACGUCCAGGAUGGGUUGAACAUCUUCAAGUUCGACCCCGAGUGGGAGGAGCACGAGGAAGCCUACAAGAAAUUAAAGGCUGAAAUCCUUGGAGAAGGAAGCGAUGAUGAGGAUGAAGACGACUCCGAAGCUAGCUCUGAGGAAGAAGAGGAUGAAGAGGAGAAGGAGAUGGAUAUCAAGGACCAGAGCAACACAGACCUGGUCAACCUACGACGAACUAUCUAUCUAACGAUCAUGUCCAGUAUCGACUUCGAAGAAUGUUGUCACAAGCUGAUGAAAAUCAACCUUCCUGUUGGCAAGGAAUCGGAGUUACCAUCCAUGAUCAUAGAAUGUUGUUCGCAAGAACGCACCUAUUCCAAAUUCUACGGUCUAAUUGGUGAAAGAUUCGCCAAAAUCAACAGACUAUGGGCUGACCUCUUCGAAACCGCCUUCGCUACAUACUAUGAAACCAUCCAUCGGUAUGAGACGAACAGACUUCGAAACAUCGCAAGAUUUUUCAGCCACAUGCUCAGCUCUGACGCCCUGGGCUGGCAUGUGUGGUCUAUCGUGCACCUAAAUGAAGACGAAACAACCUCCAGCAGCCGUAUCUUCACUAAAAUCCUCUUCCAGGACCUUGCUGAGGUCCUUGGAAUGGCCAAACUGCAAGAACGACUAAGAGACCCCAUUCUCCGACCUAGCUACGACGGCAUAUUCCCAUCUGAUACCCCUCGCAAUACCCGUUUCGCUAUCAACUACUUUACCAGUAUUGGAAUGGGCGCCCUUACUGAAGAGAUGCUCGAUCAUCUCGUUCUCGCUCAGCGUCACGCUCUCGCUCCCCAUCUCGAGGCCGUCGAAGUGUCCGUGGAAGAUCAGCAUCAUACUCUCUCUCGCGCACCCCAUCAAGCAGAUCUAGAAGCCCAUCUCGAGGACGGCGUAGAAGCUACUCUAGAUCAAAGUCAGCAAGCCCUCCCCCACGGCGUCGUGCUAGACGUGCAUCAUCAUCAUACUCCCGCUCCCCAUCUGCAUCCGCAUCACCUCCCCCACGCACUCGCACUCGCACUCGACGGUCACCAUCCGACUCUCGCUCUCGUUCCCGCUCAGUAA